UUACUCUUUUCUACUUAUCGCUCCUUUCUUUUCCUCUCAUUUCCUGCCUCUUGCUUUUAACAUCUCAUUAUCCUUCUGCUAGUGUCUAAUGAUUCUCUAUAGUACAUCUUUUUUGACUACACUCUCUGCUUUUUUGCUUUUGUGUCUUCCUCUUAAUUUCCUGAGGUUUCCCUCUCACUGCUGCUUCCUUGCACCCUCCUGACUAAGCUCUUUCUGUAACUUGCUACUCAUCCUCUCUUUCCCGCCUUCGAACUUCUGUUCCCUCACCUCCUUUCUUUGCCUCCUCUUUUUUGGAUGGAUAGCUACUCGUGCCUAUACAGUUCCUCCCACAGAACCGGACUCCUCUCCGGCUUCCAGCGUCUUCGCUCUGAGACUAAGAUGUGUGAUGUUGUCCUGGAGGCCGGCGGCGUAUCCUUCCCCUGUCAUCGCGCCCUUUUGGCCAGCUCCAGCGAGUAUUUUUGGGCUCUGUUUGGAGAGACCACCGCAGAGAGAUUAGCGGGCUCCAUUAGCCUCCCGGCGCUAACACCUGAGGGUUUAGAUGCUAUUCUGGAUUUCCUGUAUUCAGGCUGGCUCAGCGUAUCACCCUCCACGAUUCAUGUCGUCCUGGAAGCAGCCAGGUACCUGCAAGUGGAGCCGGCGGUGUCAAUAUGUGAGCGCUUCAUGAUUGAUGGUUUAACCGCUGAGAACUGCUGCUGCUAUGCUAACCUGGCCGAUCGCCAUGCACUAUCAAAUGCACUUGAGGCUGCCAAUCAAACCGUCGCUAUGGAGAUGGGGACGUUGCUGCAGGAAAGCAGGGAUGAUCUCCUCGAGCUGAAUAUCCAAUCACUGAUGGCGGUGCUUGACGCUGACGAGUUACCUGGCGUCAAGGAGGUGGAGCUCAUAAAGCUGGCUCUGGAUUGGCUGGAUGACAACGGACCCCUCCCACUGCUGAAAUCAAAUCUUCUGCUGAGUCGUCUGCGCUUCGGAUUGGUCAGCGCUUCUGAUCUCACCAACCUUAACCACAGAGCCAUGGCCACGCCUUUGAUCAGAAGUCAGCUGACUCGAGCCUUGGAGUAUCACAGGAUGGGUUCAGCUAAGCCAAUCAGACAGAGCAAGCAGUCGACACUCAGAGCCUCGCCCAAUCGUGUGCUGCUCGUGGGUGGGGGGUCCAGCGCUGAUUGGCCAGAACAGCAGGUGUUGGCGUUUGAUCCAAGAAGCAAGAAGUUUUCAUCUCUGAGUUCCUGUCUCCCGCUGCGACUGAGAAAUCACUGCGUGUGCUCAGUGGGAGGUUUCCUCUUUGUGAUCGGAGGGGAGGAAGUGAAAGAGGGAGACGAGGAUGGGAAAAAGUCAGUCACCACAGCAACAACCAACCAGGUGUGGCGGUACGAUCCUCGCUUCGACUGCUGGGAGCAGGUGGAGUCCAUGUUGGAGAGGCGGGCGCAGUUCACCUGCUGCGUGGUGGAUGAUGUUAUUUAUGUCACCGGGGGACAACACACACGACAGGACACCGACACACACACCUCAGUAGCCUCUGUUGAGUUUUAUGACAUGACCACACGGGCGUGGAGGAGAGGAGCAACGAUGCCUCGCCCUCUUUACGGCCACGCAUCUACCGUGCUUGACAACAGCAUCUAUGUGUCAGGUGGUCUCCCGGGCAACCAGGGCAGCGUCCAUGGCAGUAACCAUGGUGAUAACCAGGAUGAAAACAGGGAGAGCAGCAGAGAGUUCCUGCAGUGGGACCUCAAAAGUAGAGUCUGGGAAAAGAGGGCGUCCAUGUCUAUCGCCAGGUUCAGUCAUCGCUUGGCAACCGCCCACGGCUACAUCUACGCCCUACUGGGGAUGUAUGAACCUUUCUGCGAUAUAGAACGAUACGAUUCGCAGUCAGACCACUGGGCACGCCUCAGACCGCUUCUCAUUGGCUCCUUCAACUACGGGAUGGUGUCAACGCCGUCUGGGAAUCUGCUGGUAUUCGGAGGGAGAAGGUGGAGCGACGGACAGGAGGUGAUCAUGAAGAGUGUGUUGGAGUACGACACAAAAAAAGACCGCUGGAGAGAGAUCUGCCAGCUCCCCAGACCUCUCACUGGCACUGAGUGCACACUGCUACCCCUGCCUGACUAG